GCGUCAUCAGCUAUUUCGUAGGAAUUAUUUUCAAAUAAUGUCAUUCUUCUCACGAGUAUCUUCUUCAUAUUUCAGAAACGCAAUUAUUAAAUACAAGACGACCAAGCUUUUGGAAACUAAACGAUAUUGUCUGGGAAUAUUUUUGACAUUUCUGAUCAACGUUGCGUUGAAUAUAUCCAUAUCCUAUGCAAUAAAUUAUGGCAACCCUUUAUAUGAAAAGUGGAAUCCACUUCUCAACAAAACCUCUGUUUAUCGAGAUUAUCCAUAUCCAUUAUUAUAUCCAUUUGAUACAUCGGUUUCAGAUGGACAUUACUUGCUCGGAUUUUUUUAUCAGCCCUAUGCAUUCUUUUGCUUAAUGUGUGCAUUUUUCUGUAUUGAAUAUUUAUGUGUUGGUACCAUAAUACACUUGACCACACACGUAAAUAUACUGGGAUACGCUUUUAGUUAUGUGGAUGAAAAUAUUGAUCCAAUGUUGGAUUACAGCAAAGUUAUUAUGCUGAAGGAAAAACGAAUAAUCAAAUUGAGCGGGGAACUAAAGGAAAUUUACAACUGUGCUAAGGAGUUAAACGCCGUCUUUUCUGGACAACUAUUAAUGCAAGAAUUUUUAAUGAGUACUGUUAUGUGUUGUUGUGUGUACAGAGUUACUACGAAUAUAUCUACCGCGGAAAUUGGGUAUUUGUCAACAAUGGUUGCAGUAUGUGUCGCAGAGAUGUUUACUGUCUCUUGGUUUAAUCAGUGCUUUACGCUGGAGCUUUUCAAGAUACAACAACGCAUUUACGAAUUGGAAUGGAUAGAUUACCCUCCAAAAUUAAGAAGAGUGUUGCUCUUUUUAAUGUGCCGUGUGCAGAAACCGUUUAACUUCACUAUGGGUUUUGGGUUCCCUUUAGACGUCAAUGUUUUUUUAUCAAUGAUCAAAACAUCAUACUCAUUCUACACUUUAAUCACCCGAUCCGGCUCGAAAUUCUCCAAUGAAGACGUUUGAAAUAUAAAACAAUGAAAAAACUAUGGCUGGAUAUGCGGCAUCAAAUCGUACUCUUAUCUAGUUAGGCUGUAAGCAUUCAUUUAAAAAUCAUAAUUGAUUAAAACAUUUUGUUUCAUAAUGAAGAAAUUGUGGAUGAUAGCUCUUCGAGACAAAUAAGAAAUAAGACAUGGGCACGAGUUGGACAUCUUAUUAUAAUGUGGAAGCACAUUAUAUCGAAUGUUAAUGUGUUAUAAUAGUAAAUUGAAGUAAAAUUCACUAAAAUA